CUGGGCCAACUGGAAAAUAGCUUGGCAGAGAAGAGGAGGCUUGUUUGUUCGGUACGACCAGACGAAGAGCAAAUUCGAAGUUCUUAGGCAGAGAGGGUUACAAAGCCGAGUGAGAAAUGAACAUGGAUCACAAGGAUAAUCAAUCCCCUCAAGGUUCAGUUCUUACUUUUGUGACUCCUUAUCAAAUUUCAAGUGGGUAAUCUUCAGACUUCAACUCUCUCUUUGCAGGUGAGAUGGCUCGGAUUCUGGUGGAAUUCCUGGAGGUUGCCAUCACUUCCAUUGUCUUCCUCAAAGGAGUUUAUCCUCCGGGUGCAUUUGAAAGAAGGCGAUAUAUGAAUGUUGUGGUCCAUAAGGCUCGACAUCCUCAGCUUAGAGAGUACAUUCACUUUGCUGUCUCUGGACUACUCCCAUUUGUCCAAAAGGGAUUGGUGGAGAGAGUCGCGAUUAUUUUUUUCAACAACGAGAACAUCCCAGUGGAGAGAUUUAUUUUUAAGCUUACUGUGAACCUGUCCUAUGGCUCAAGAGUUGAAGAGGCUGACCUGGAGUUCUCUCUUAGGUCCUUCCUGAUUAAGCUUCCAUUAUCUGAACCUCUAACUAAGGUUCUGCCCCAUGAUUGCAGGUGGGAGAUAACAGCUUACUUCCGAUCACUACCUCAUACCACAGCAAGCAAAGAUGCGGAAUUGUGGAUCCCAACAGACACAAAGCAGUGGCAGCAACCCCCAGUAAUAACACCUAUCAAGUCAAUGAGCAGUGAACCUCUUGGCGUGCAGCUGUAUUUGGAACAUCCCAGUCUAGCUGAACCAAAGCCUUAGGAAGUAAAUUUUCAGCAGCACUAGGCUUGUCAGGCUCAAUAGAAAGACGUGAUAUUGCGAGACCCUGAUUCCAAAUGUCAGUCUUGCUGCACAAACUGCCAUUGACUAACGAGAGGGCAGUUUUGAUGAUACUGAUGCAGUAAAAACCCAUGAAGAAAAGGUGCAGAAAAUUCAAAGUGGCAUGGGUGAUCACUUGAAAAAUGAAGAGUGGCAAGACAGCAUCAUUGCACGGGUUAGAGGAAUUGGAUCUCCUGACCUCUACUAUGAGAGGAAUGAACCUGCGAGCUACCUUUUUUUUUUUUGUUCUCCAUAAGUGGAUAAGAGCUCCAUACAUACUGGGUAGACAGCAAUUACUUGAAAAAGGUUUAACCAGCUAUCUGUAUUUUAUGGAAUCGAUAGUUGUAUAGGUGUACUCAUCAGGCAGAUUUUCUUUCACAUCAUUUUAACUAGCUUUUAAUUUGAUGAAUUGUGUUCUCAAUAGUUGGCGCAUCUGUGUUUGUGAUACAGACUAGUAUAAAUUGUAUUGAGGAGGAGCAAGCUAGUACAGAUGCUCAGCUAGGCGUGGUCUAAUUGUUCUUCACCGUACUCAUAUAUACCAAAUUCUCUGCA